UUUUCUUUUUUUUAUUUAUUUUCAGAAUGCGUGGGUGUGAUCCUCUUUGUAAUUUGAAUAGACCUUUCCAUUUAAUUGCUCAAAAUUUAAUUAACAAUUCCUCUUCUUCUUCACUUCUAAAAUUGGAUCACCCAUUUUCUUAUUAUUUUGGUUCUCCUCUUUUUGUUGGAUCUAAUUUGUUUGGAGUUGUUACUGAUAAACAUGACAUUUCAACCAAAAAUAUCGACAAAAAUCAAAAUUCAAAAAAUUCUCAAAUUUAUGUCCGAACAAUUAUUCUUUGGUAUUUUAGUAGAGCUGACACAAAACAAAAUAUUAAGCAACUGAGGAAUGUUACUCUAAAUUUAUUUGAAGAAUCUCAGAGAGGGAAAAGAUUUAAAUAUGUUCAAUUUCAAAUAUUUGGGGAUGAAAUUGCUAACAGGGAAAUGAUACGUGGAGCUAUUCAGGCAACAAUUUUAAUGUCGAUUGGCCUUUUACUUUUAUUAAUUUUUGUUUCUUUUGUUGUUUAUCAAAAAAUGAGUAAUUUAGUCAAAAUACCCGCAAUUGGAUUAAUUGUUUUAAUUUCUAUAUUGUGUCCAUUACUUUCAACUGUUGCUGCUUUUGGAUUUUCUACUUGGCUUGGAAAUAGAAUUUAUACCUUAAUGUGUGUAACACCAUUUUUGAUUGCUGGAGUUGGUGUGGAUGACGCAUUUAUAAUGUUACAAUCGUGGCAGCAACACAGAGACAUUAAAUCUUUAAAACAAAGGCUUUCAAAAGUUUUAGUCCAUAUCGGCCCCUCAAUAACAAUAACUUCAUUAACAAACACAACAGCUUUUGGUAUUGGGUAUUUUACUCCUGCCCCAACAAUGAGUUUAUUUUGUUUGUGUACUUCUAUUGGUGUUUUGGUUGAUUAUAUUCUUACAUUUACGUUGUUAGCCCCAGUUCUGGUUCUCCUCUCUACUCAUUUUCCUACCACAAAACAACCAACAACUUUAUUACCCCAACCACCAGAAAAUAAUGAAAAACCUUUAAUUGCAUUAAUUCCUCAACAACUUCCCUUAAAUCCUCAAACCUCAAAAGCCUUUCAAUACGCAAAAUUUAUUCAUUCAACUAGAGGACGUUUUUCUGCCUUUUUAUUGUCUAUAAUUCUUUAUAUUGUUGGGACGAGUGGAGUUUUGAGGUUUAAAUCAACCUUUGAGCCUUCAAAAGCCUUUCCUUCUGAUUCACCUUUAGCACAUUCUUUGGAUUCUGUGGGGGAUGUAUUUGAUGAAUUUUUCCCGCUUUGUAUUUUGGUCAAUCGACCACCUAAUUUGACUGAUCCAGAAGAGUAUUCUUCAUUCAAUAAAAUGGUUGCCGAAUUGGAAGGAUUACCAGAAAGUUGGGGCCCAAACAGAACGCUUCUCUUCCUUCGACCUUAUGAAGAAUUUGACAAGAAAAACACUCAUUUUUGGCAGUCAUUAGGCCUUGGAUCUAAAGGAAAAUAUAAAUUUAGUUUGGACAAUCUUCCCUUUUUUAUGAAUUCUAUUGGAAAUCCGCCGACUGUGAAAUAUGAGAAAAAUGGAAACGGCAGCAUCCAACUAAAAUCUUUUCAAUUUUCCAUUGUAAACAAAGGAAUGACUGAAUGGUGGAAUCGUGCUGUUAUAGAAGAAAAAGUUAGAAUAAUACUUGAAAAAUAUGAAAAGAAUUUUAAUGCUUCGAUGUAUGAUGCUGACUCAUUACAAUGGUGGAUGUACUUUUGGCUACUGGUUUUAGUGUGGAUUAUACGUCCAGUUUUAAACAUGUUAUUAACCGUUAAAAUCGAUUUGAUUGGCUCUAUUGCCGUAACUGUUGUUUGUAUGGUGUUGAUUUGCUCUCUAUUUAUCGCCCACCCUGCUGGUGUUUGUGUUAUCGGGAUUUGUAUAAGCUCGAUUUGUUUUACGCUAGUUGGAACUCUAAGUUGGUGUGGGGCAGACUUGGAUCCGAUUACAAUGGUGGAUGUACUUUUGGCUACUGGUUUUAGUGUGGAUUAUACGGCCCACAUUGCUCAUCAAUACUACACAAAACAGGGAUCAAGUAUAGAAAGGAUAGCACAAAGUUUGGAAGAAAUGUGCCCUCCAAUGUUACAAGCAGGAAUUUCUACUGCUCUUUGCAUGGUUCCACUUGUUUUUCUUCCAACUUAUGCCAUUGUAAUUUUUUUUUUCGUAUCCUCCAUAUUUUGCCAAUUCGAUAUUCCGAGGACAUAG